AUGCGCGCUACUACCGCCCUCGGCUUUUUCUGCCUCCUCGCCCCCUUGGUCUCGGUCUCGGGCCUCCGCAUCUCAGACAACGAGACCGAGGACGCCAUUUACCGUGCCUACAUUGACGACUUGGGCAACGAACAGCAGCAGAUCCGCAACCACGGCGUAAUCAUCAAGGUGCCCGUCGGCCAGGCCUGCUUCACCAUCCGCGGUUCCGUCGUGGCCUUUGUGUGCACCCCCGGCAGCGACCGCGCCAUCACCCUAGUUUCGGUCACCACCUUUAUCAACCUGCUGGCCUACGUCGCCGAACGCUGCGGCUGACAGCAGUUUCAACAUGCCGAAGAGUGCCGUCCACCUAUAACGCUUUCUCAGCCAAAUUCCCUUCGCUCUUUUCCCUCGUGGCACAAUAAUAAUCGACCUUUACCCUCCUAAACCUAGCGUGGCCGACGCCGACAUAGCCACAGACAUAGCGCUUUCCCAUCUUGCUCACCAGCGCAUCCCUCUCCCACAGCGGCACCGCCGCCAGGCCCUCAAAGUCGCCCACCAUGUCCGACUCGCAGAGGUAGUACAUGCACCCGAGGAGAGUGUCCGC